AUGUUAUUGACUAUUUAUAUUGAACGUGUCAAUCCUGGUGAAUUCGGUGUUGCACAACCGUGGAAUUAUUUAUUCAGAAAAUCAUUUUGGAAUCAUCGCAGAUCAUCGACUAUAGAACCAAGUGAUCUUGAUCUAAAGGAACAUCAUCCAAGACUACAGGAUACAUCGAAUGAUCAAGUGAAUGAUACCCAUCAUUGGAUUCAACUCACUUCAGUUACGAACGUUAAAUCUCCGUCUUUGGCCAUCAAUCAUCUAACAAAAAAAUUUGGAAAAUUGCAAGCUGUGUCUGAUCUUUCCUUGGAUUUCUACGAAGGUGAAGUUUGCUCAUUGUUAGGACACAACGGAGCAGGCAAAACAACUACGACAUUUAUUCUCGUCGGAAUGUUGGAACCAACAUCAGGUAGUGUCACUGUACAAGGUAUGAAUAAUCGGGAACAUAUUCAAGAAGUGCGAAAACUUCUCGGAUUUUGUCCACAAUACGAAUAUGAAUAUCGUAUUUUUAUGGAUAAACAAGAGACUUGUGAUAGUCGACAUGUCACUCGAUUUAUUCGAGAACACGUAAAAAAUGCAGUUCUAGAACGUGGAUCCGCUUCAGAACUUGUCUAUGGAAUCAAACGUGAUGAAUCGAACAAGAUUGAACUAUUGAUCAAUGCACUUGAUCAGCAUCGACAAUCAAUCGGUAUCAAUUCUUAUGGUCUAUCGAUGACAACGAUCGAAGACGUCUUUCUCAAUGUUUUACCUACACCAGAAGAAAUUCAAUCAACACUUUUGCAGAAUGAUCGUAUUAUCGAUGCUCAAGUAACAUUACUCCCGUCGAUUUAUAAUCCACAAACUAUUGUUACCUAUUCUAAUAAUAAUGAAAGUUAUGUUCCACAACGUCUUCUUAAUUAUUUAAUCAAUGCUGGUGCGAUCGUGGAUGAAAUAUCGAAUGAUAACGUACUCGAAUACAUCCUACCGAAAUACUAUCAAUCGGAAGAUGCUUUUGUAAAUCAAUAUAAAAUGGGUUUUGCUUCUUACAAUGAUCCAACAGCUCAAUCACCCAUAUUGAAAUUUAAUACGUACUUUUCCACGGUCAACUAUCAUACAAUGCCAACAAGCUUAGGUAUAGCUGUGACGAAUCUUUUUCAAUUUUAUGCAAAUUCAUCGGCAAAAAGUAUUGUAACAACAAAUCAACCAAUUGCAAAAACAGUAACUGUACUAACUGCACAAGCUCGUGCCUUUCAAAAUCUCUUAUGUUUCGAUUCAUUGCCAGUAUCGAUCGGUGCAACAGCCAAUUCAAAAACACAAUCCGAAGUUUAUAUUUAUCGCAAUACAGAAGAAACGGGCUAUUUCUUUCUUAUGUUUCUGAUGUAUUCAUUAGCAUCAUUGCCAUUCAUUUAUACCUUUUCUUUUGGUGUAAAACGAGAACUAAUUGGUGUGAUUAAUUUUUUUCUAUUGAAUGUUUUGAUAUGUUUUGCCGAUAUGAUUUUGAGUUUUCUUGCUACCGUUGCACAAGAAAAAGGUUCAUCUAAUCAAAAUGGUACCACUGCUGGAGCAACAGCUGUAACAACUAUCCGUUGGAUUCUAUCGGGUCUUCUGCCAACAGUGAAUUUGAAACACGCUCUUUCUAAUAUUCGUCUUCGCUCGAAUCGUGACUGCAUUAAAUCAUUUAAUUCAAUUAUGGGUACAAAUUAUGCCUUCGAUGAACCGUGGAUGUCAGUGUAUGAGCCUGAUGAAGAUGUUCGAAUAGAACGUGAAUCGAUUUUAAAGGAAUAUGAACAGUCAACAUCAACCGUUAUUCUUGUUCGAGAUCUUGUUAAACAAUUUACAAAACGAAAAGAAAAGUCCCUUACUCGACGUAUCUACACGGCAGUUGAUCAUCUAAAUUUUCGAGUCUCAACACGAUCUUGUUUUGGUUUAUUAGGAGCAAAUGGAGCAGGUAAAACAACAACAUUUCGAAUAUUAAUCGACAAUAUUAAACCAACUUCUGGUGAAAUUAUUAUCAAUGGAAAAAAUAUUAGCAAAAUGAAACGUGAUCUUGAAAUUGGCUUUUGUCCACAGUUCGAUUGGCUUGUAGAUGGUCUUAAUGUUACUGAAACAGUGAUUUUGUUUGCCAGUGGUGGCAAUAAACGAAAGUUGAGUGCAGUUAUUGCAUUCAUGGCCAAUCCGGCUUUGGUCUUUUUAGAUGAACCAACAACAGGUUUGGAUGCAGCCGCCAAACGAAAAUUGUGGGCAGUAAUUCGUUCCGCUCGUGAUAUUGGUAUAACCAUCAUCAUGACCAGUCAUAGUAUGGAAGAAUGCGAAGCUUUGUGCACGAGAAUCGGUAUUAUGAAAUUGGGUCAAUUUAUGUGUUUGGGCAAUCUACAACAUUUAAAAAAUCGGUUUGGUGAUGGUUAUGCUGUACAAGUAAAAGUAUCAAUCGAUAAAGUACAAAAAAUCAAAGACGAUCUUACAUCCUUUUUUCCAGAAAUUGAGAUUCAAGAUCAACACGAUGGAAUGCUCUUUUGCAAUAUACCCUUUUCGUCAACAUCAUCAUCACCAUUGAAAGAUAAAAAUGCAACUACAUCGACUUUUAAUUUGGUUCGUAUAUUUGCAAUGCUUAACGCUCAAAAGAAUCAAAAGUUGAUCGAAAGUUAUUCGUUGUCACAAACAACACUUGAACAAAUCUUUGUUCGUCUUGCCGGUGAUGAUGAAGAUAACAUAUCCACUAUUUCAUCUAAUAAAGAACCAUUGAAUCAAACCGAAGCAGCAGAUGAAAGUAAGUUAUAUUAUAACCAGUAA